AUGGAGGUCAUCUUAGCCCAACGGUUAUCCCAGCACGAUGAUGAUAUUCAGUUUGAAUACCCGACCUCGUCUCAGUCCGACCUCCGCAACGCUACCUCGUUUACUGGCAUCUCGCUCUUCUCUGAGAAAGGACAAGCAUGGAUCGAAUCACGCACUGGAAGCCGUAUGACGCCUCAGACCCUCUGCUCAUUUGGUCGCCAAUGGCACAGUCCGCGCCGUCUGUAUCUAGACUCGGAUGCAAUAGCUGCCGGUGCUCAGCCUUGCGAGCUCCCUCAAAGGUCGACUUUGGAGAGAUAUGCCGCGGCCUAUUGCUCUUCGACUGUGUGCCUCAUCUUUCCCGUCCUAAGUAAAGGUCUCUUUGCCAAGACACUCGACUUGGCAUAUUCCUCGCCUGAUUCUCCUUCUGUCGUUGCUGCUAGAGCGUGCGUCUACUCGUUUCUAGCUGUAGCUUCUAUUCUACAUAUUGAAGAUGAUUCUGCUGCGACGAUGUCCUGUGAGUCGUAUUUAGCAGCAGCCAGGUCGUUAAUACCCCAGGUUACGCAAGAAAUGACAGGGGAUGGCCUUCAAACCCUCGUCACAUUAGCCAUUGUUUAUUAUUUCCUGGGCGACCUCCAGUCUAUGGGCCUCUUCCUAUCGAUCGCUACACGGUUCAUCUUUGCUCUCAAGGCCCACACAAACCCUCAAGACGUUGCCAGAUCUUACUUUUCCUCUCCAUCAUCUUCAAAUCAAGCAUCUUCACCCCCGACCUCGCAAGCCUACGACAAGAACGACCGAACUCAUCAUCUCCGCGAUCUCUUCUGGACCUGCUACUCCCUUGACAAAGACCUCUGCAUCCGCACUGGCCAGCCAUCGUGUCUGUCAGACAUCCAUUGUGAUCUCACACUCCCCCCUGACUACUCCGUAAUGCAAAACCGCCACAUCCAGAGCCACACCAUCCCUGGCCUUGGUAGCCGAACCGUCCCCAUGUAUCCCUGGGAACUUCUCCUUUCUCAGAUCAAGUCUCGAGCCUACGACGCUCUGUAUUCGCCCAUGGCGCACCGCAAAUCGCAAUGUGAGCUUCUUGAAAGCAUCCGUGUCCUUGAUGAAUCCCUUGAGCAAUGGCGUAUGUCUCUUCCACCUGAUUUCCGCCCGACACUCACAUUUGGCAAAACGACACCUGUGAGUGCAGAUGUCAGCAUGCAGUCCUCCAUGGUUCGGUUGGCAUACUACCACUUUGUCGCAAUCGUUCAUCGAGCGAGCGGGAGGUGCAUGGCUCAGUCACCAGGGAACUAUCACGAGGGCGUACGAUCUAGUUUCAAUCUCUCCCUGGAUGCUAGCAGAUCGACGUUGGUAUACUUGCGCGUAGCUCUCCACGUCAUAACAGACGAUUGCUUCUGGGUCAUCAUCUAUUACCCCAUCAGCGCUAUACUCGCCCUAUUUUCCAAUAUCCUCUCAAGCCCUCUCGACGAAACCGCUCCCGGAGAUCUAGAAAUACUCAAGAGCGCCCCUACGCUAUUCAGAAGCAUCCCCAUACGAAAGCUCACGCUGGCCGAAUUGACGCACCUGAAACUUCUGGAUGCCUUUUCGAUGGAACUUGCCAGGUUGGGGGAGCUUGCUAUACAAAAGGCAAGGGACGGUGUGCCAACCCAUGGAUGA